GUGGCAAGCGUGGGCCACCCUAAAAUGCGCUGCGCUCUUCGGAUUUCGGUAUUAAUCGUUGACAAGAAGUCAUCAUUGGUCGUCGACUCGUAGGGUCGUAGUAGUGGUAAUAGUCAUCAGCAAAUAUCAGCAACUAUUGAAUCAUCACAGUCAACGUAGUCAAAUUAUAUAUUGUUAAAAAUUCAAGGACACACCGAUUGAGAUAAAAAGAUGGAAACAGAACCAAAAAUUGCACCAACAGGUGUAUUAUUUGAAAAUGAAGAAGUUGAUUCUCAAGAAGCAAUGAAAGCUGAAAAAAAAGAAGAAAAAGAAAAAUUUGUUAGACAAAUUUUAUGGAUUAAUGUUGUACAUUUUACUGUACUUCAUUUAUUUGCAUUUUAUGGACUUUAUCUUGUUUUUACAUCUGCUAAAUAUGCCACAACAUUUUUUGCUUACAUUUUGUUUGUACUUGGUACAUUUGGAAUAAGUGCUGGUGUACAUAGAUUAUGGUCACACAAAGCAUACAAAGCAAAAUUUCCACUUCGUGUUAUUCUUAUGAUUUUCAAUUCAUUGGCUUAUCAGAAUUCAAUUUGGGUAUGGGCUCGUGAUCAUCGAGUACAUCAUAAAUACAGUGAAACUGAUGCUGAUCCUUGCAAUGCAAAAAGAGGAUUUUUUUUCUCUCAUGUUGGAUGGUUAAUGUCAAAAAAACAUCCAGAUGUUACAAAUAUUGGUCAAGGUGUUGAUUUAAAAGAUCUUGAAGCUGAUCCAGUUGUUGCUUUUCAAAAAAAAUACUAUUUUUAUUUGGUUGCAUUGAUUUGCAUUAUUUUACCAGCAGUUAUUCCAGUUUAUUUUUGGAAUGAAACAUGGACAAAUGCAAUAUUUAUACCAGUAUUUUUACGUUAUACAAUUGGUUUAAAUGCAACAUGGCUUGUUAAUUCAGCAGCUCAUAUGUAUGGUGGAAGACCAUAUGACAAAUUCAUCAAUCCAUCAGAAAACUUUGCUGUUAUUUUGGGUACACUUGGUGAAGGAUGGCACAAUUUCCAUCACACUUUCCCAUGGGAUUACAAAACUUCUGAACUUCCUCAUUAUGUUUUCAAUUGGACAACAGGUUUUAUUCAUGUAUUCGCUAAAAUUGGCUGGGCAUAUGAUCUUAAAAGUGUUUCUGAACAAGUUGUUAAAGCACGUUGUAAGAGAACUGGUGAUGGAAGCCAUGAAGUUUGGGGAUGGGGUGAUAAAGAUCAACCAGCUGAAGAACGUGAAGCAGCUAUUAUUGAACAUGCUAAACAAAAUUAAAUAAUUACUCAUUAAUAAUACCAAAGUAGAGAAUAACAACAAAAACAACUAGCAAUUAUUCAUCAUGAAAGAUAUAAAAACAUUAAAUUUAAUUAGUUAAUUUUUUUCAAUAUGAAACAUUAUUAAUUAGCUGAUAAUCUUUCCUUUUUCUUUUUUCUUUUUUUUUUUUUUUUUUUCAUGUGUAUCAGUAAUUUUUGCAAGGGGAAAAAUAGAUAUAAAUUUUUUUUCUCACACAUUGUUGAUGUCUCAAUCCAACAUAUUUUGUAAGCAUUACAUUGAUACUUUAUUUUUCAUUUUUUUUUCUUUCGAUUAAUUUUUUUUUUUUUUUUAUAAACUUCAACUAGUAGGAUAUUUAUGUGUAUUUUUGGAAUAAUAAAAUAUCCUAUUAAACAAUAACAAUAAUUAAAACAAAUAAAAAUAAAUUUUUAAAUAAAUAUUUUUGGAUAAUUUUUAUUUUUAAUUAAACAUUUGUAACAAUAAUAACAAAUCAUAUUUUUGAAUGAUAAUAUCGUCAUGAAAAUAAAUUAAUAAUUAAUAGUUUUUAUAUGAUAAAUAUCAUUAAAUACUUGAGAUAAAAUACUCUGCUCUCUAAUCACAAUGGUCUUAAUAAAAUAAUAAAAAUUUAUUCUUUGUAUUUUGUCUAACUAUAAAUAAAUGAAUAAAUAAAUAAUUGAGCAUGAAAAAAAUACCAGAAUGUUUAUUUUUGAAUCAUUAAAUAGAUAUAUAAUUAAAUUUUUCUAAAAAUAUUUAAUAGUUUUCUUGGAAAUUAAUUAUUAAAAGAACUAAAAGAAAAAUAAUUUUUCGACAUAAAAAUUUAUUUUUCUUUUAUAAUAAUUAUAUAAAAUUAAGUUGAAUUAAUUUUUUAAAAACAUAAAUAAUUCAGACAGAGAAUAAUACAAGUAAUUCAAGAUUUUUAAAAUUUUCCUUGACUGCAUAUACUUUAAACAAAAGAAAAAUUAAUUUAAAUAAUUUUUUUUUUCAAUUUAACUGUUGUGGUUAAUUACAAAGAUAUUGAUAACGAGCCACUAAUAGAUAACAAUCAGAUGAAUAAGAAUCUUAAUUCAACUUGAAAAUAAUUAAAGGUCAUUAUCGAUUUAUUUCUGUAAAAAGAUAUCAGUAUGUAUUAUUUCUGUUAAAGUAAUAUGAUGCGCCAAUAAAAAAAAAGCAGCUACAAAGUCAAUAGUCCAUAUUAUAAUUUGAUAACUUUAAUUUGAACCCAUAACAAAUCAAAGUUCAAUUGAUACUUCAAUAAUCUUCUUCAAGUCAAUUACCGGUACAACUAAUCAUUUUCAUUUUAUUAUUCGAUUGAGAAUUAACUUUUAUCUCUUAAAUUCGUAAAUUAUUAAAAAAAACUUAAUUUCAUAUCUGUAAUUACAAUUUUAUUAUUUAAAAUAAUAAUAAUUCA